AUGGCACAACCACAACAAUUAAUUUUAACAAAAAAUUUUGCCACAAAAUCCAUCGCUGGGCCAAGUAAUGUAACUAGUGGCGGUAUUCAUGUUAAUCUGAGUACAACAAAUAAACAAUUUGUUCGACAAGUAGCGAAAAAACGUGUGUUCCCGGCAAAAAAUCUGGAAGUUCUUAGAAGUCAGCAAAAUAAAAUUAAAGCCCCUGGGGAGGGAGGGUCAUUAACUUUAAAAGAAAUCAGAAAAUAUCAAAAUUCUGUUAAUUUAAUUAUCCCACGGGCUGCCUUUAUUCGUCUCGUCAGGGAUGUUUCGAACAAAAUAACCGACGGAAGAGUUCUUAAAUGGAAGGGUUUAGCUCUGGUAGCUAUUCAAGAGGCUGCUGAACAUUACUUGGUUGAUAUGUUUGAGGGUGCUAAUUUAUGCGCGUUGCAUACUGGAAGGGUUACAUUGAUGCAGAAGGAUGUUAAGCUUUUGAGACAAUUGCGAGGCGAGGCUAACAAAAAAGCAUCCACAAAUUGUGAACUAAUUCAAAAUGAACAAAAUCGGGAGAAUUCUGAAUGAGGUUUAGUUGUCGAAUUUUGAAUAAUUAUUUAUUUUCCCAUUGUUUUUUAAACAUUUUCCCCAAUCAUAUCCCAGGUUUUUUUUGUUAUUUUUUCGGGUUAAAUUAUUUUCGGACGAAUCUCUCUUUCUUGUUUUAAUAAUUCUCUUAAAUAUUCCGUCAAUUAUUU